AGCACCUUUAUGAGGAGAACCCCUAUUCUUCCACAGCUACAUUAUAGAUGCUAAUGCCCCCUCCCCCUUGUAGACUUGACAACCACCUUACGUUAAGCACUAAUUCUAGUCCCUGUCACUUCAUUCUCUCUCUGGAUCUGGAGGGCAGAGAAGAACCCCUAUUCUUCCACAGCUACUACAUUUUCUAUGUAUUGCUUAUCAUAGAUGAUAGUGCCCCCCCCCUCCUCUUUGUAGACUUAUGUUAAGCACUAAGGCUUGUAUUCUAGUCCCUGUCACCUACAUCCUCAGUCUGGCUCUGAAGCGCCCUCAUUUGCAUGUUCGUGAGACUUAAAUGGUACCCUUACCCUUGUAUUCUAGUCCCAGUCACCUUCAUCCUCGGCCUUGAGGACCAGUACGCGAUCGAAGGCGAUGAGGAAGCGAGCUUCAUGUGCGCCAUCUCGGACCCCGAGGCCGAGGUCACCUGGUACCGCGAGUCCGAGGCGCUUUCUGAGGGCGAGAAGUACUCCUUCGUGGCCGAGGGCGCGCGCCGCAAGCUCCUCAUCCGCGACAUCAAAACCGCCGACCAGACCAAGUACAGCUGCGCCACCAACGCCGACAAAACCGAGGCGAACCUGUUCGUCGAAGCUUUUGUCGACUUCUUUCCUGGCCUGGAAGACCAGUAUGCAGUAGAACAAGACGCGCAGGCGCAGUUCUCCUGCAAAGCAACUCAUCCCAAUGCGGAAGUGACUUGGUACAGGAGCGACCAGAAAAUUGAGAACUCGGAAAAAUACGAAAUCCUCGUGGACGGAUUCGACCACACUCUUAUCAUCAAAGAUAUCCAGAUAAAGGAUGAAAGUUCCUACUCUUGCGCGACCAAGCACCGAAAAACUACUGCGAGACUCUUCGUUGAAGCCUUGAUUGACUUCUGCCCUGGACUGGAAGACCAGUUUGCGGUCGAGAAAGACCCCCAGGCGCAGUUUUCCUGCAAACUGAACCAGCCCAAUGUUGAGACAACCUGGUACAGGGAAGACAAGAAAUUAGAAAACUCUGACAAAUACCAAAUCAUUGUAAAAGGGUAUGACCACCAUCUAAUCAUCAAAGAUAUUCGGCAAGAAGAUGACACGUCCUACUCUUGCGCGACGCAACAUCGCAAGACCACAGCAAAACUGAUCGUCGGAGAACUAGUUGACUUCUGUCCUGGUUUGGAAGACCAGUAUGCUGUAGAACAAGACGCGCAGGCGCAGUUCUCCUGCAAAAUGACGCAGCCUGAUGCUGAGGCGACCUGGUACAGGAGCGACGAAAAGAUUGAAAACUCUGAGAAAUACGAAAUCAUUGCAGAUGGCUACGAUCACACUCUUAUCAUCAAAGAUAUCCAUCUAAGAGACGAAACAUCCUAUUCUUGCGCGUCCAAGCAUCGCAAAACUACAGCAAAACUCUUUGUGGAAGCCUUGAUUGACUUCUGCCCUGGACUGGAAGACCAGUUUGCAGUCGAGAAAGACCCUCUGGCAAAGUUUUCCUGCAAACUGAACCAGGCUAAUGUUGAGACAACCUGGUACAGGGAAGAUGAGAAGUUAGAAAACUCAGAAAAAUACCAAAUCAUUGUAAAGGGGUAUGACCACCAUCUAAUCAUCAAAGAUAUUCGGCAAGAAGAUGACACGUCCUACUCUUGUGCGACGAAACAUCGCAAGACCACAGCAAAACUGAUCGUCGGAGAACUAGUUGACUUCGCUCCUGGGCUGGAAGACCAGUAUGCGAUUGAAAACGAUGCGCAGGCAACAUUCUCCUGCAAAAUGACGCAGCCGGACGCCGAGGCGACUUGGUACCGGAGCGACGAAAAGAUUGAAGCGUCUGAUAGAUACGAAAUCAUUGCGGACGGCUACGAUCACACUCUUAUCAUCAAAAACAUCCAGAUAAAGGAUGAAACGUCGUACUCUUGCGAGUCCAGGCAUCGCAAAACAACAGCCAAGCUCUUUGUCGAAGGGUUGCUUGACAUCCUUGGCCCCGAAGACGUGUAUGCGGUAGAGAAAGACACGCAGGCGCAGUUCAUGUGUCAGAUGACGAAGCCGGCUGCAGACGCCGUGUGGUACAAGGGUGAUGAGAAGAUAGAGGAAUCUGACAAAUACAGGAUUAUUGUGUUCGGCUUUCUGCACACUCUGACCAUCAAUGAUAUUCAGUUGGAAGACGAAGCGACCUACUCUGUUCAGUCCAAACAUCGCAAAAAGCCAGCCAACCUGUUUGUGGAAGGUACUGACAAUGCGCCUGGAAUAUAUGGCCAUAUUUGCUGCUAGGCCAAAGUUUUGUGCGAGUUUUUCUGAGCUUUUUGGCUCAAAAGGUGCUUUGAGAAGUGAUUUAGUCUGUGAUAGAAUUUAGCUGCGAAACCAUGUUUGUAAGCCAGUUUAAUUUGUAAGCCAAGAAGUGAAUAUCGACUAUAGGCGCAGAGACAUUUGAUUCGGCAAGAUUCCGUUGGACUACAGUACUGUUACAACUGUAGUAUUUAGCUUAGAGGGAGUGCACUGUGCAUUUGCAUCCAACUGCGUGGCACAUACAUGCUUUUUUCUAUCCUUUUGUCACCGUCUGAUCAAAAAUGUUUAAUUCUAGGCUUACUUGACUUCUGCCCUGGCCUGGAAGACCAGUAUGCGAUUGAGAAAGACCCGCAGGCAGUGUUCUCCUGCAAAAUGAACAAACCUGACGUCGACGUGACGUGGU